GAAAAUGGCGGCGGCGUGGGGAGCCGCUUGGGCCGCUCUGGUCCGCAAUUGCGGGAGGCGCGGGGCGCUCAUGCUUGGUGGCUUCCGGGGGCGCAAAGGCUGGACGAGCCCGUGGUUCGCAACUGCCUCCUUGCUCGGAGGAGGCGCCUUGGUGGGCUCCUGCAGAGGAUGGAGCGGGCGGGAGGGGACCGGCGGCUUCUUCCUGGUCCUGGCACAGAAGGAAGAUGCUGUGGAUGAAGAGAUGGCAGAAAAGCUUUCCAUUCGAAAGCAACGUUUUAUGAAAUUUGCUUCUUUGGAAUAUGGAGGAGAAUAUUACAUGACUCCAAGAGAUUUCCUGUUCUCAGUUAUGUUUGACAAAUCAGAGCGUAAAACUUUGGCCAAGAAACUGACAAAAAAGGAAGUAGAUUCUACCCUAGCAAAUGUUACGAAAGCUAGACCAGGACCAACCUUUUUUAGAGAUCUUGGAGACAGAGGAUUGAUUUCCUACACAGAGUACCUCUUUUUGCUCACAAUACUCACAAAACCACAGACUGGAUUUCAUAUUGCUUUUAAAAUGUUGGAUGCAGAUGGCAAUGAACAAGUAGAGAAAAAAGAAUUCUUUAAGCUUCAGAAAAUAAUUGGAAAACAAGAUGAAUUUAAAACAGCUUCAGGAGAUGACAUCCUAUUUCAGAAAUCAGCAAUGGAAGGUUCUGAUAUCAACACCAUGUUACUGGUUCACUUUUUUGGAAAAGGAGGAAAAGAUAAACUUCAGUACUCGGAAUUCCAAAGAUUUAUGCAGGAUUUACAAGCAGAAGUACAAGAAAUGGAAUUCAAUCAGUUUUCCAAAGGUCUAACCUUCAUGAGGAAGGAAGAUUUUGUCGAGUGGUUGCUAUAUUUCACUGAUGAAGAAAAUAAUGAAAUUUAUUGGCAAAAUGUGAAAGAGAGAAUCCAAGCAGGAGAGAGUAUCAGUAUGGAUGAAUUUAAGACUUUCUGCCAGUUUACAAACCGUUUAGAAGAUUUUUCAAUUGCUCUGAAAAUGUUUACUGUAGCCAGCCGUCCCGUUAAACGGGCGGAGUUCAAGAGAGCUGUGAAAGUGGCUACUGGCCAGGAGCUCUCAGAUAAUGUUUUGGACACCAUCUUCAAGAUCUUUGAUUUAGAUGGAGAUAAUUGCCUCAGCUACGCAGAGUUCCUUGGAGUCCUCAAAAACAGGAUGCAUCGUGGAUUAAGGGUGCCUCAGCAACAAGGAGUCCAAGGUUACUGGAAAUGUGUGAAACGAGAAACCAUUAAAGGGGCAAAAGAAGUUUGGAAGCAAACUGGGAAGAGUCCUUUUUAAAUGUAUUUUUGUAAGAUCAUUUGUGACUCAGCUUUCUGAUUUUGCUUUGUUUUUUAUGUAUCUGGUUACAGAUUGGCUGUACUAGAUGAAGUGCAAUCAUUUAAUACAAUUAAAUA